AUGGCGCCUUCGAAUUCAUCGCCUGACACCUCGAUAUCGUCGCGCACACUUUCGAUUGGCUCCGCGCAGCCCACCGCCAUGGAGCUCAACUCGACCAGCCCUUCUACGAGCCUGCUAGCCAGCCCCGUCGCGUUCCUCCAGCCUACCGUGCAGCUGAAUGCCGCCUUCCUUGCUGCUGCGAAACGAUACUUAGAUCCUGUCGCUGCCGGCGUGAGCGAGUUGCAAAAACAACGCCAGCAAGAGGAGCGCAAGAAGAGGAAGCGAGGAGAGGGGUACGACGGGGACAUGCGGGUGCUGCACUUGAAGAAGGUGCACCUCGACGGCUUUGGCGUAAACCAAGUCUUCGAACAAACCCGCAAAAUCGUCGAGGCUGCGACUGAGGAAAUCGAGCUUUCUCUGCCAGACUCAGACGAUGACGUCGUGGCAGUGGGCGGCGAGGACGGCGAAGAAGAGCCGUCGGACCCGGAAGGGCAAUACCACACUGAUUCGGACAUGGGCGAAGAGGGAGUGGACUACGAGGUCGAUGGCGUAGACGACGACGAGGAUGCUGUGCCCUCAGACGAAGAGCCAGCUGACGGGGAAGAUCUCGAGAUGGAACAUGGAGAGGAGGGAAUCUUUUCUGACGAGGAAGGGUCGGAUGAAGAGCCUGCCGCAGAAUACCAGCCAGAUCCGAACGGUCUCAACGAUGGCUUUUUCUCCAUUGACGACUUCAACAAGCAGUCUGAGUUCUUGGAGCAACAAGACGCACGCGGUGAAGCUGCUGACAGCGAGGACGAGGAGGUCGACUGGACAACGGACCCUAUGGCAGCAGGUGCUGGCAAUGCUGGGCUUGGUGGCGACGAGUCGGGAGACGAAUCAGACGAGGGCGGCCCAACGUUUGGCAAUGUGGACAUUAAUGCGCCUGAGGGUGACAGCGACGAUGAUGAGGACUUCGACGAAGGCGAUCUUGAUGGCAUGGACGAUGGCAUGAACGCUAACAAUGUCAUGUACGCUGACUUCUUCGCACCUCCUGCGCAGAAAGCCGGCAAAAACAAGAAGAAGCGAGGGCGCCCGAAUCCACACAACUUUCCUGCAAAGACAGCGGCCGAUGAGGAGCAAGAAGAGAACGCAGAGAUGGAAAACGCCAUGGCGAGAGUGCACCGCGAUCUGUUCGAGGACGAUGACGAGGCUGAAAGCGAAGCCGCCCUUUCAGAUGUUGACCCCUCAGAUCCCAAAUCGAGAAAAUCGACACACGAACGGAGACAAGCAAAGCUGCGAGAGGAGAUCCGCAAGCUGGAAGCCGCCAACGUAGCAAAGCGACAAUGGCAGCUGUCCGGCGAAGCCCGUGCCAUGGAUCGUCCCCUCAAUUCGCUCCUCGAGGAGAACCUCGAGUUCGAACGCGCCGGCAAGCCUGUGCACGUCGUCACAGCCGAGCUCUCCGAGGAUAUCGAAGCCUUGAUCAAGCGCCGCAUUCUCGCUGGCGAAUUCGACGAGGUUCACCGCCGCCGCCCUGACGACCUAGCUACUGGCCCUGUUCGCCGUGGCAGAGUCGAGCUCGACGACACAAAAGCCAAGCAAGGUCUUGCUGAGAUGUAUGAAGAGGAGCACCUUCGCGCCAACGAUCCGAACUUCGUUGAUGCGCGCGACGAGAAACUGAAGAAAGAGCAUAAUGAAAUUUCUGCUCUAUGGAAGUCGCUCAGCGCAAAACUCGACAGCUUGAGCUCCAGUCACUUUAAGCCCAAGCCUGCCGCACCCAACCUAGAGAUCCGCGUCGACGCGCCUGCAAUCGAGAUGGAAGAUGCGCGCCCCACAGCCGGCAGCGACGUCGCCGGUGCAUCGAUGCUCGCACCGCAAGAGGUCUACAAGCCCGGCGACGAAGAAAACAAGGCCGAGAUCGUCACUAAGAGCGGGAUGCCACUGUCAAGAGAAGAACUUUCGAGAGAAGAAAAGGCGAGCAGGAGAAGGAGGGACAAAGAGAGGAGCAAGAAGGCUGGCCUCAACAAGCCUAAGGCGACGAAGGAGGAAAAGGGUAAGAAGGCAGGGAGGGGAGAGAAGAAGCAGCUUGUCAGUGAUUUAAAGAAGGGUGGUGUGCAAGUCAUUGGGCGGAAGGGUGUGAUUACGGACGUGGAAGGCAAGGAUGUCAAGGAGGCAGCUAAGAGGGGCGCUGGAAGCUUUAAGCUCUAG